AAAUGUCAUCAUCUUUGACGACUCUUUAUUCCUCUCGUCCCCCACCCAAUCCAACACAGAAUGCAGCACCAACCAAAUUACCUAACCCGAUAAAUCACUUUCGCUGAAACCCUAACCGCCAAACCAUGGCUUCUUCUCUCAAUCUCUCCACACCUUCUCUCUCGCGUCCACGGGCAUGCAAAAAUUUCAAAUUGUUCAAUCAGUUGAGCAGUAUAAAUUCAUCUAAGCUACACAUGCGUGGCUCAGAUUUGGCGUUUGUUCGGCUAAGCUCUAAAUUCUCUUCAUGUCUCAAUGCUGUAAGUAGAAUUAAAGCUGCAUUGACGUCUGGAGGAGGAGACUUAAAAGACGAAGAUAUGGUUGGUGUGGAAUCGGCACAACCUGAUCCAGUAGCACUUGGAAUACUGGGAGUAGACACGGGUUUAACAGGCAGUGGUUUUGCUGAUGAUAACGAUGACUUUGAUUCGGAUAGUCCAACUAAAGGUUUUGCUUCCAUUCCCGAGGCCAUCGAAGACAUUCGUAAUGGAAAGAUGGUAGUGGUUGUAGAUGAUGAGGAUAGAGAAAAUGAAGGGGACCUAAUAAUGGCAGCACAGUUGGCAACACCUGAGGCUAUGGCUUUUAUUGUGAAGCAUGGGACAGGUAUAGUUUGUAUAAGCAUGAAAGAGGAAGAUCUAGAGAGAUUAGAGCUUCCUUUGAUGGUCAGCAGUCAGGAUAAUGAUGAGAAACUCCGCACAGCAUUCACUGUGACUGUGGAUGCCAAACAUGGUACCUCCACAGGGGUGUCAGCUCAAGAUAGGGCAACAACAGUUUUGGCCCUUGCAUCCAGAGAUUCAAAACCAAGUGAUUUCAACCGCCCAGGCCAUAUUUUCCCCCUAAAAUACAGGGAAGGUGGUAUCUUGAAGAGAGCUGGACAUACAGAAGCUUCAGUUGAUCUGGCAGUACUUGCUGGCUUGGAUCCUGUUGCAGUUCUAUGUGAGGUUGUGGAUGAUGAUGGCUCCAUGGCUAGAUUACCUAAGCUUCGCCAAUUUGCUGAGCGUGAAAAUUUGAAAAUUAUAUCUAUUGCUGACUUGAUAAGGUAUAGAAGAAAGAGAGAUAAAUUAGUGGAACGCGCUGGUGCUGCACUAAUACCCACAAUGUGGGGGCCAUUCACAGCUAACUGUUAUAGGUCACUUUUAGACGGGAUGGAGCAUAUUGCGAUGGUAAAGGGUGACAUUGGGGAUGGAUGUGAUGUUCUUGUGAGAGUACAUUCAGAGUGUCUCACAGGAGACAUAUUUGGAUCUGCCAGGUGUGACUGUGGAAAUCAGCUUGCUCUUGCAAUGCAACAGAUUGAGGCUGCUGGUAGAGGCGUGUUAGUAUAUCUUCGUGGACAUGAAGGAAGGGGUAUUGGAUUAGGCCACAAGCUUCGUGCUUAUAACCUACAGGAUGAGGGAAGGGAUACCGUAGAAGCCAACGAGGAGUUGGGAUUGCCUGUUGACUCAAGAGAGUAUGGAAUUGGUGCACAGAUAUUGAGGGACUUGGGUGUUCGUUCUAUGAAGCUGAUGACAAACAAUCCGGCAAAAUAUGUUGGGCUCAAAGGUUAUGGUUUGUCAAUUUCUGGUAGGAUCCCAUUGUUAUCACUUAUAACUAAAGAAAACAGGAAAUACUUGGAAACCAAACGUGUGAAAAUGGGGCACGCGUAUGGCUUGGAAUUUUACAACAAAUUGAAUGGUAGUGACAAUGGAAAUGGUAAUGCUGGUAGUGUUGAUGAUUCCAAUACUGCUCCUGGCACAUAAACCUGCUUUUUUCCUACAAGAUACGCAGAGGAAGGGAAGUGUAAAUUUCUAUACUGGUUCAGAUGGAAAUAAGAGGAUAGAAGUGUCCUGAUUCUACUUGUGAUUUAUAUUUUUCCAUUCAUUUGCAUGAUUUGUCUUCUAUCGGGCUAUAAAGGACAUUUGAAACUUUAUAUUGGGUCAUCUGAUGUGUAAUGUCUAGACAAAUUUGAGGUUAUAAUUUUUCUUGCUUUCUUUGGUAGAAAACUAGAGGUUCUGCUUUGAGUGGGUGGGUAUUUUUGUGGAGGUACCUUGUAUAAGUGAUUAAGGGUUUUUUUAUUAUUUAUUUUUGGUAUAAACUAGAUAUCUUCUGUGAAUUUUUGUUGAAUGGUUAACUUGUAGAUUGUAAUUUAUUUAUUAAA